AUGGACGUUGUUAUAGAUUCAGGGUCUGCAGAUACCUGGGUCAUAGGAUCCAACUUCAGCUGUAAAGGGAGUCUGAAUGAGACCGUAUCAGAUGAUCUAUGUGCUCUCGGCCCUGCAUUCGCAGGCAAUUUCACUGGGGGGGCUCUGCCUAAUAUGCAUUUUGCUAUUAAAUACGGGGACGGCGAAAGCGUACAGGGCCUAUUAGGGAAAAUGGACGUCGACUUUGCAGGAGUAACGGUCUUCGAUCAGGAAAUUGCAAUUGCUAGCCAAGGCACAUGGCGCGGUAAUAAUGUCACUUCUGGCAUCCUUGGGCUCGCCUACCCGUCCCUCACUAACGCGUACUGGGGAGACGACAUUUAUGACAAUAGCCAGUUUCUCUCAGUUCCAUAUUCGCCCCUCUUUACAUCAAUGGUCACCGGUGGGUUGACCGCGCCAUACUGGACCAUUGCUAUGGCUAGAAACUCUUCCCUUGGUUCCGUGAGCAUCGGCGGAAUGCCACCAGUAGAUAUUAGUAAGAGCGACCACGACCAGACCCCUAUUAUCAUUGCGGAUAUGAUCGACAGAGACAGUACUUCUUGGAAGCCAUCUUUCUAUACCAUCGUACCAACAGCUUUUCGAUUCGGGGGAAUUACGACGGGCGGGCAUUAUCCGUUCAUCUUAGACACGGCUACAUCGUUAAUCUAUCUCCCACCAGACCUGGCUGAAAUGGUCAAUGGCAAGUUCGACCCGCCUGCAUCAUAUCUCUGGAAUUACGGUGCAUACUUUACAAGCUGCGAUGCUAUCCCCCCAAGUUUUGGGGUCCAGAUUGGAGGGACUACCUUCUGGGUUAACCCUAAGGAUCUACUAAACAAGGAGGAGAGGGACCCUCUGACUAACCUAUGCCAAACUGGAAUCGGAAAUGGAGGUACUGGUCCUUACAUCUUGGGAAUUACAUUUUUGACCAACGUUGUUGCGAUGAUGAAUAUCGGAUCUGGUAACAUCGAGUUCUGGAGUCACCAGUUCUACUAA